AUGGAGGGCUAUGUUGCCCAUGCUUUCUUGAACCUUGUUGUUUUUAUUAGGGGCAGUGAUGAGGGUUCUGAUAAGUUUUUUUGGACCUUCAAGACAGAGUUGUUGCAGCAGACGCAACAUUCUCAUGGGAAGACUUGGGACUAUUUUUCCUGGCCUAUCUUCUCUACUCUUCUUGCUGACUUUUGGCCUUUGUUGGUCGCUCUUUCUUACUUCAACCUCGUCCCUUUUGUGCUUCAUGGUGCUGCUCUGUUGGCUUCUUUACCAUGUUCAUGUGCUGCUUUUAUGGGGGAUCGAUGGCUCUUCCUCUCUUGGUUCCCUGCAUCUGCCUUUGUUGGAGGGGAUGUCCCUGUUGUUAUUUUCCCCAAUGCAGCCUCUUAUGCUGACUGUUGA